AGCAUUUUCAAGAUGGCGUCUCUGUAUGUAAAUGUCAGUUCAUAGAUUCAAUACUAAUUUUUUUACAAAUAAUAACAUAUUUCAAUUAUUGAAUAGUAUAAUAGUAAGCGUAAUCUAAAUUUUAAAUUUAUUAUUAUAUUUUCUCUACUGACUAUAAAAACAAUUACUUCUAUGUAAGAUGAAGUGUUUUUAUUCUUAGAAAGUGCAGUUUUGUAAGUAAUAAUGGCACAGCGUUUUCCGGCGAGCGGGCCUAGCCCUGCGCCUCCUGCUGGUGGUAUGCCACCACAGCAGCGAUAUCCUGGACCAGCACCACCACAAGGAUCUCCCAUGCCCCCAAGACCAUAUUCUGGACCUACGUUUCCGCCUCGUAGCGGCUUCACACCGCCUCCGGCCGGCAGCGGCGGCGUUCCGACGGGCGGCGCCCGACCCGGCCCGGCGCCGUACGUGGGCGCGGGCGCGGCUUUGCCCCCCGCCGGGGCCCCCGUGGGCGGCGCGCCCGGGCCCCCCACAGCCUACAGCGCACCACCGCGGCCCCCCUCCGCGCCCUCCGCACCCGCCAAACGCCCACCGGACGCUCGGGCGCCUCUACCGCCCCAGCAUAAACCUCAGCACUAUGCCGGCGACGCGUACGGCGCCGGCGGCAAGCGCAAGAAACGUUUGGCAGACAAAAUUCUGCCGCAGAAGGUGCGCGAUCUGGUGCCGGAGUCGCAGGCCUACAUGGACCUGCUGGCCUUCGAGCGCAAGCUGGACGCCACCAUCAUGCGCAAGCGACUCGACAUACAGGAGGCGCUCAAGCGACCCAUGAAGCAGAAGCGCAAGCUACGUAUCUUCAUCUCGAAUACGUUCUAUCCCGGACAAGGCGAUAACGCGGUGGCUUCAUGGGAGCUACGUGUGGAGGGACGUCUGCUGGAUGAUUCCAAAAAUGACCCUAAUAAGGUGAAGCGCAAAUUCUCGUCCUUCUUUAAGUCGUUGGUGAUCGAGUUGGACAAGGAGCUGUACGGACCCGACAACCACCUCGUCGAGUGGCACCGCACUCUCACGACACAGGAGACGGACGGCUUCCAGGUGAAGCGGCCCGGCUACAAGAACGUGCGCUGCACCAUCCUGCUGCUGCUGGACUACCAGCCGCUGCAGUUCAAGCUGGACGCCCGGCUGGCGCGGCUGCUGGGCGUGCACACGCAGGCGCGGCCCGUCAUCGUGAACGCGCUGUGGCAGUACGUGAAGACGCACCGCCUGCAGGACCCGCACGAGCGCGAGUACGUGGCGUGCGACAAGUACCUGGAGCAGAUCUUCGGCUGCGCGCGCAUGAAGCUGGCGGAGGUGCCGGCGCGGCUCGGCGCGCUGCUGCACGCGCCCGACCCCAUCGUCAUCAACCACCUCAUCUCCGUCGAGCCGCCGCACGACAGCAAGCAGACGGCCUGCUACGACAUCGACGUCGAGGUCGACGACACGCUCAAGACCCAGAUGAACAACUUCCUGCUGAGCACGGCCAACCAGCAGGAGAUCCAGGGCCUGGACACGAAGAUUCACGAGACGGUCGACACCAUCAAUCAACUGAAGACGAAUCGUGAAUUUUUCCUGAGCUUCAGUAAAGACCCUCAGCAGUUCAUACAAAAGUGGCUCGUCAGCCAGUCUCGAGAUCUUAAGACGAUGAACGGCGGCUCGGGCGCGGCGGCGCCGGGCGCGGGGGGCGCGGGCGGCGCGGGCGCGGGGGGCAACCCGGAGGAGGAGCGCCGCGCCGACUUCUACGGCCAGUCGUGGGCGGGCGAGGGCGUGUCGCGCUACCUGCACGCGCGCCUCGCCGCGCGCCGCCGCGACCUGGAGCUGGCGCUGCAGCCGCACGCGCACCACCACCUGGCGCCGCACCACCUCACGCGCCUCUAGGCCCCCCCGGAGCUGGCGCUGCAGCCGCACGCGCACCACCACCUGGCGCGUCUAAUUUUAUAAAUACAUUUAUUCAUUACGACUACAGCCUUCUUUUAUUUCGUUCCGGUACAUUUUCUGUAAUGAAACGGAAAAAUAUAUCUUA